CUCCUUUUUCCACCCUUUCCCUUCGUUCUUGUGCUCUCGCGCUCUCGACGGCGAUCGACCUCAACACCUUCCUCACCUCGUCGCCGCGAGAAAGCUAGGGCUUGAUCGUCAGAUCUACAAACCCUAAUUUGCGGAGCUUUAUAGCUUAGGUUUUUUCGAAAAAAAUCGGGAUUAGGUUUUUCUCGGGUUUGAUUCCAUCACACGCUGAAUACCUAAUUUCGUCGCCAUGGAUGAACUUAUGGGAUGCCAAUUUGUUGGCGAUGUUGAAAAUUUUCUAGGGUUUGAUGCAUCUGGGUUUCUGGAGAUUUCAAACUCUGUUCCAUUGCCUGCAAGGGAUGGCGGAACACUUGGCUUCGAUCUUUGGCACGGAGAAGGAUAGAGUCAACUGCCCGUUCUACUUUAAGAUCGGUGCGUGCCGCCAUGGAGACCGGUGCUCUCGUCUCCACAACAAGCCCACCAUAUCCCCCACCCUUCUCCUGUCCAACAUGUACCAUCGCCCCGACAUGAUCACACCUGGUGUCGACACACAGGGCCAGCCUAUCGAACCUAAAAAGAUCCAAGAACACUUUGAGGACUUCUAUGAGGACAUCUUUGAAGAGCUCAGCAAAUUUGGCGAGCUUGAAAGCCUUAAUGUCUGUGACAACCUUGCCGACCAUAUGAUCGGGAAUGUGUAUGUUCAGUUUAGGGAAGAGGAUCAGGCGGCUGCAGCUCUUAAGGCCCUUCAGGGCAGGUUUUACUCUGGCCACCCGAUAAUUGUGGACUUUUCUCCCGUAACUGAUUUUCGGGAGGCCACAUGCAGGCAAUUUGAGGAGAAUAGCUGCAACCGCGGUGGCUAUUGUAACUUCAUGCAUGUGAAGCCGAUUAGUAGGGAGUUGAGGAGAAAGUUAUUUGGGAGGAAUAGGAGGGGACAGAGGAGUCACAGCCGGAGCCGCAGUCCUAGCCCAUAUCGUCGAAGGGAGAAGCGUGACUUUGGAGAUCAUCACAGAAGGGAUCGGCAUGGGAGGCAAGAAAAUGGUGGUGAGAGGAGGCGGCGGCAUGGUAGCCCUAGAAGGGAGAGGAGCCCAGUCAGGGAAGGGAGCGAGGAGCGCAGGGCGAGGAUCGAGCAGUGGAAUCGAGAAAGGGAAGAAAAGCAAGCGUGAUGCAUCGUCAUACAGGUUGUGCUCUUUCAAUCUCCUAGUUUACUUUGUGGGUGAGUUUAGUUUGAGUUAGGUUCAGCCUUCUAAUGUUGUUUUGUGGAACUAUUUGUGAUCGACAUUUCUGUUGAAUAAUUAGAUUUGUAUCUUGAAAGAUUGAUAUGCUGCAGAGUGAGUCAGUGGAUUUGUGCUCAAAAGCCAUCAAAAUAUGUAUCUUUUGGUUAUGGUCUAUUAGGCUUGUUAUGAAAUGUUCUUAUAACUUACCGGUUUGUUAUUUUCUUGUAUAA